AUGGCAACCACGGCAAAGCUUAUUCUCCUCACAGGUCUGGCCCUUCUGCUGAAUUGUCAGCUGGGUUCUGCCUACCUGCUAACAUGCUACUUCACCAACUGGGCCCAGUACCGGCCAGGCCUGGGGCGCUUCAAGCCCGAUGGCAUCGACCCCCACCUCUGUACUCACCUGAUCUAUGCCUUUGCUGGGAUGAGCAACAAUGAGAUCACAACCAUUGAGUGGAAUGACGUGACUCUCUAUCAAGCUUUCAAAGGUCUGAAAAACAGUAAUAACCAGCUGAAAACUCUCUUGGCCAUUGAAGGCUGGAACUUUGGAACUGCCCCAUUCACUGCCAUGGUUUCCACUCCUGAAAACCACAAGACUUUCAUUGCCUCAGUCAUCAAAUUCCUUCGUCAGUAUGAGUUUGACAGGCUGGACUUUGACUGGGAGUAUCCUGGCUCUCGUGGGAGCACUGCUCAGGACAAGUACCUCUUCACCAUCCUGGUGCAGGAAAUGCAUGAAGCUUUUGAGCAGGAAGCCAAGCAGGCCAAUAAGUCCAGGCUGAUGAUCACCAGUGCGGUAGCUGCUGGUAUCUCCAACAUCCAGCCUGGCUACGAGAUCCCCCAGCUGUCCCAAUACCUGGACUACAUCCAUGUCAUGACCUAUGACUUCCAUGGCUCCUGGGAGAGCUACACUGGAGAGAACAGCCCCCUCUACAAGUAUCCCAGUGACACUCGCACCAACGCUUACCUCAGUGUGGAAUAUGCCAUGAAUUACUGGAAGGAUAAUGGGGCACCAGCUGAGAAACUCAUCGUUGGAUUCCCAACCUAUGGACACACCUUCAUCCUGAGCAACCCCUCCAACACCAGCAUUGGUGCCCCCACCUCCAGUGCUGGUCCUGCUGGGCUCUACACCAGGCAGGCUGGAUUCUGGGCAUACUAUGAGAUCUGUACCUUUCUGAAAAAUGGAGCCACUCAGGAAUGGGAGGCCUCUCAGGAGGUGCCUUACACCUAUCAGGGCAACAAGUGGGUUGGCUAUGACAACAUCAAGAGCUUCAAUAUCAAGGCUCAAUGGCUUAAGCAGAACAACUUUAGAGGUGCCAUGGUCUGGGCUAUUGACCUGGAUGACUUCAGUGGUACUUUCUGUAACCAGGGCGAGUUCCCUCUGAUCUCAACUCUGAAGUAUGCCCUUGGCCUGCAGAAUACAAGUAAAUUGCACCCCCCAGCUCAGCCCAUUGCCCCUAUAACUUCCGGCAGCAGAAGCAGCAGCUGGGGCAGUGGAUUCUGUGCUGGCAAAGCCAAGAGGCUGUACCCUGUGGCUAAUAACAGCAAUGCCUUCUGGCACUGCCUGAAUGGACUCACAUACCAGCAACAGUGCCAGGCCAUGCUUGUCUUUGACACCAGCUGUGAUUGCUGCAACUGGGCAUACACCCAACCUGUGCCCCAAUUCCCUACACUUCUCAAAAGUCUCCUUUGCUUAGGACAUCUUACUGCUGCCUAG